ACACAGACACAGACACACACCCAGACAGUUGGGUAUAUCUUCAGCCAGCUAUAGUGUUUGUGUUAGACUCUGGACCAGCUGCAGAUUGAAGUCUAAGGAGGAGCAACACGGUUUUUCAGUCCGUCAGCAUGGCACUCGUCUUCCUCCUCCUCUUCCUCCCCCUCUCUCACCACUCCAAUGCCAUGACUGGUUGCCAUAGUGACCGUGACAAAGACCACCGCCCCCGGGUCAACUGCACGGCAACCAACCUUAGUGACGUCCCCGCAAGCAUCGACACGACAACCAAGGUGCUGAUCUUCACCCAGAACCAGUUCUCCAGUCUAACCUGGUCCUCCUAUAGUCACUUCCCAGAGCUCUAUGAGAUAGAUCUGAGCCACAACGCAGUUCCAGAGGUUCCCCUGUCCCCCUGCCCGAUUCUCCCCACUCUAGGGGUUCUACGCCUGGUAGGGAACCGCAUUAGAACCCUGCCCCCUCACUCCUUCAGGGCCACGCCAGGCCUGCUAGAACUCUAUCUGGACCAGAACAUUCUGGAGACACUAGACGACCUGUCCUUCUCUGGGCUCAGGCUGCUACAGAUCCUGGAACUUUCUCAGAACCGUAUCUCUGUUCUGCCCCCUCUGAUGUUUCGCUCCCUCCCGGCCAUCGAAACCUUGGUUCUAGAGCAGAACCACAUCAGAACCAUGCCUGACCAGUGGUUCUCUGCCAAACCUGAAGUUCCCUACACCUACCUGUCGCAGAACCCCUGGGCCUGCUUCUGUAAGGUGGGUUACCUGAAGAAACACCUGGAUGAUCAGGGCUUCAACGUGUACACGAGGGAUGGAAUAAUCAUCACUCCGGACGAAGAGAGUGUUACCUGUGCCACACCUCCCUCCCUGGCCGGCCGACCAAUCGUGGGGCUGGAGGAUGAGGAGUACUGCUCACCUGGUGCCAAACCUGAUGGCCCCCCUGGAGACUCUGAACCUCAACCUACCCCUACACUACCCCCCACCACCACUAUGCCACCAACCACAGGAGCCAAAACCACAGUUCCUACUACCUUCCCCACCACUACUACUCCUGCUACCACUACUACUGUGGUACCCACUACUCCUGCUACCACUACUACUCCUACUACCACUACUACUCCUACUACCACUACUACUCCUACUACCACUACUACUCCUACUACCACUACUACUCCUACUACCACUACUACUGCUACUACUACUGUGGUACCCACUACUACCACCACAGCUACCCUGAAACCCACCACCCCUUCUCUACACCCUACCGACUCCACCCCCCUGCCCCCCCUGCUGAAUGAGUCAGUCACAUGGUCUUGGUGGGAGAUAGUGACCAUCCUGGUGGAGUGGGAGGAGAGCAGGGCGGGGACAGAGGAGGGGAGGGUCUGGGGAGGGAACAGCUGGGAGCAUCAUGGUCUCUAUAGAGGAUCUUCCAGACUCUCACCACACCCCACCAUGACCACAACCGUCACACCUAGAGCCCCAUCUCAACCACCUAGGACCCCAACUCAACCACCUAGGACCCCACCUAGGACCCCAACUCAACCACCUAGAACCCCAACUCAACCCCCUAGAACCCCAACUCAACCCCCUAGAACCCCAACUCAACCCCCACUACCUAGAACCCAGACCCUGACCACCCCAGUGACCACAGUCAGACAGGUUGGAGGUUCAGAUCCCUGGGGGGAUCAGCUGGGACGGGGGGGUGGUAGUGCGGCAGGAGGCAGAGCUGUGUUCUGCUGGUGGCUGUUUGCAGGGUGUGUUUUGUUGUGUGUUUUGUCUGGGGGGUGGGUGUGUGUGAGCGGCCUAUGGCUAUGGAGGAUGUAUAGGACUGUCUAUAGGCCUCUACGGAACAGGGGGAGGGGUGGGGGAGUGAGGGGAGUCCGGCUGCUCAGGUUCAAAUGCCACGAGGGGGGAGACAAGGGGGAGGUCAAUGGGGAGAACGGGGGAGUCAAAGCCAUAUCCCUGCCUCUAGGAGGGGGGCACGACUCCAACACCAUCCUUAAAUUUGCCGAUGACAUAACAGUGGUAGGCCUGAUUACCGACAACAACAAGAUAGCCAAUAGGGAGGAGGUGGCCGUGCGGUGCCAGGACAUCAAACUCUUGCUCAACAUGAUCAAGACAAAGGAGAUGAUUGUGGAGUACAGGAAAAGGACCGAGCACGCCCCCAUUCUCAUCGACUGGGCUCUGCCCACAGCCAAGUUCUGUAAGCUUGCAAUGAGUCACUCAGCCACGGAGCAGGAGGGGUGGGCCAAGCCGGCCGGGAAGAAAGGGGACAGUGCGAGUCAUUGGAUGCAGAAAGACGGGAGAGGGGGCCUCUCUGAUGACCUGACCCUGAACACAGGGGCCCUCUCUGAUGAACUGACCCUGAACACAGGGGGCCUCUCUGAUGAACUGACCCUGAUCACAGGGGCCCUCUCUGAUGAACUGACCCUGAACACAGGGGGGCCUCUCUGA